CAGUUGUUACCAACAUCAUUUCCAUCUCUUUUGCAAUAGCAAUUGGAACUAAAUCAUGUCACCAAAAAGCUCCCCUUUUGAUCUACAGAAAUGUGCUCGCUCAAAUAUCCUUCAAUUACAACCAUAUCGAUGUGCAAGAGAGUGAGGAAACCCCACCAUUCCCAUCUCAAAGCUCCAUUAGUUGACUCACGAAUACAGUGACUACAAAGACGAUGGGACAAACAUCCUCCUUGACGCCAACGAAAAUGCUUUCGGCCCUUCCUUAGACCUCAAUGGCUCCUCUUUACCUUCCAAAUCUGAGAACGAUCCCUCAAUCGACUUCCUAGGCUUGAACCGCUAUCCAGACCCCCACCAGCGCGAUCUGAAACAAUUGCUCUGCGAAUUGAGAAAUUACCACGUCCAUACAACCAAAACACUCACGCCAGAUAGUCUGUUUGUUGGUGUGGGGAGUGAUGAGGCAAUUGACGCGUUGAUGCGAUGUUUCUGCAUACCGGGAAAAGACAAGAUCCUCGUUUGUCCACCCACAUAUGGCAUGUACUCAGUAUCAGCACAAGUCAAUGAUAUUGGUCUUGUCAAGGUUCCUCUCCUUCCAGCACCAGACUUUGCGCUAGAUGUCGAAACGAUACUCUCUACACUCUCCUCCGAAGAAUCUGCAAGCAUAAAAAUAAUAUACAUUUGCUCGCCCGGAAACCCAACGGGCUCUUUGGUCCGCAAAGAAGAUCUGCAGAAGGUUCUUGAACACCCUACCUGGAAUGGAAUUGUCGUCAUGGAUGAAGCAUAUAUUGAUUUCGCACCGGCAGGGUCCUCAGUCGCAGAAUGGACUUUGGAAUGGCCAAACUUGGUCGUCAUGCAGACGAUGUCUAAAGCUUUUGGUCUUGCGGGUAUACGACUCGGUGCCGCAUUCACGGAUCCAGCUAUUGCAACUUUGUUGAAUAACAUGAAGGCUCCUUAUAACAUCCCUAAUCCCACUAGUGAAAUUGCGACGCUAGCUCUGAAGGGAGGUGGGUUGAGUGUUAUGAGGGGCAAUCUGGCACGGAUACUUGCUCAACGGGAUCGCUUAUUAGCAGAACUACCCAAGAUAAAAGGCGUGGGCAGAUUUAAGGGCGGAACAGCGAGUAACUUCUUGCUUGUAGAAAUGCUUGACAAGGAGGGAAAGCCGGAUAAUGUUACUGCCUUGAAGGUUUACGAAAGCUUGGCUGAGAACAGAGGGGUUGUGGUGAGGUUUCGAGGGAAGGAACAUGGGUGUAUGGGGUGCUUGAGGAUUACUGUUGGAACGGAGGAGGAGGUUACGAGGUUUCUGAAGGAGAUUGAACAGGUUUUGAGGCAAGUACAUUCGGGAUCUAAUGGAGCUCCAGCAGGGGAAGAGAAAAGGGAGUUGGAAGCGAAUAGUGUUGUAGCUUAG